AUGCCCUUAGUUCUUUUCGCAGGCUUCCCCUCGUCGGGGAAAUCGACGUGGGCCCAGCGGCUCGCCGAGCAGCUGCAGAGCAGAAUCAGCACCCUGGCACCGCACGAAGAAGGUGCCAACAUGAAAGUGAUCCUCCACUCGGACGACUCGCUUGGCAUCAGACGCGAGAUGUACCGCGAGUCCGCCACGGAGAAGGCUGCCCGGGCAGCGCAGAUGUCCGCCGUCAAGAGAGACAUCUCGAAAAACAACAUCGUCAUCCUCGACUCCAUGUCGUACAACAAGGGCUUCCGCUACCAGCUCUUCUGCGAGGCCAAGUCCGCAGCCACCUCCAACUGUCUCGUGCAGGUCAUCUGCCCCACCGCCGUGUGCUUCGAGCUCAACGCCGCCCGGGAAGACCGCCAGCACGCGUGGCAGGACGACCUGCUGGCGCAGAUGAUCGCCCGUUUCGAGGAGCCCGACGGCGCCAAGCGCUGGGACUCCCCGCUCAUCUCCGUCGCCCACGACGAGGCCGAGCUCCCCUUCGACCGCAUCUGGGAAGCCGUCGCCCUGAAAAAGGCCCCGAAACCAAACCACGCCACCGUCCUCAAGCCCGCAGUCGCCGCAGACUAUCUCCAGCAGCUCGACCGCCUCACCAACCAGGUCGUCAGCGACCUCGUCGCCUACCAGCAGAUCGACGCCUUCGGCACCCUCCGCAUCAAGAACACAGACGCCUCCGACUGCUUCGUCGAGCUCCCGUCCCUCCACACCUCCACCGCCACCCUCCAGCGCAUCCGACGCAACUUCCUCAACCUCAACAGGGUCCGCCAACUGGAUCCGGACCGCAUCAUCCCGCUCUUCACCGAGUACCUCUCCAACCACCUCAGCAGCGACGGUGCCCCCCACUAG